CGGACGACUAUAAAGGGGUAGAAGGCUAUUCCAAUGACCAGCCUUAACCUCCUCUCCCCUCGAUGUGGCGACGAGCACUUCGCCGGCGGCUUCACUUCGCCGCUUGCUUUCCUCCCCUUCUCCCUCUCCAGUCCCACCUCCAUCUCAACUUCCGCACCAAAGCCGCUCGCCUCUGCCUCGACGACGACGACGACGACCGCUGCGAUCGGAGAACCGCCCGUGGCGGCGAGCCGUGGGACCGUUCCUUCCGCCUCGACAAAGGCCGCGGCCAGCACCUGCUUACCAACCCCCGCGUCCUCGACUCCAUCGCCCGCCUCGCCUGCCUCCGCCUCUCCGACACCGUCCUUGAGAUCGGCCCCGGCACAGGCAACCUCACCGUCCGCCUCCUCCAGUCCGCCCGCAGGGUCGUCGCCGUCGAGAUCGAUCCCCGAAUGGUCGAAUCCCUCCUUUCUCGCGUGUCUGGCCUCGGUCUCGAUGACCGCCUUACGGUUAUCACUGGAGACGCGCUGAGGACCGAGUUCCCAGAGUUCGACAUUUGUGUCGCUAACAUACCUUACGGGAUCUCGUCGCCUCUCAUCGCGAAGCUUCUCUAUGGAUCGGGCAGGCAGUCGGGCUUCAGGAGCGCGGUGCUUCUCCUACAAAAGGAGUUCGCGAAGCGUCUAGUGGCCACUCCAGGUGACUCGGAGUUCAAUCGCUUGGCUGCCAAUGUUAGGCUGGUUGCCACUGUCGAGAUGCUUAUGAAUGUGAGCAAGAAAGAUUUCGUGCCCUGCCCUAAGGUGGACUCCGCUCUGGUGCGAAUCCAGCCGAGGAAUGAUGUGCCCGAGGUCGAUCUGGGCGAAUGGUUGGGUUUCACUCGCACUUGCUUCACUAAGAAGAACAAAACUCUCGGUGCCAUCUUCAAGCAAAAGAAGAUGAUAGCCGAGUUGUAUAAGAAAUCAAAGUCCGAAACCAAACCGAGUAAGCUUUUGGUACAUGAGGAAGAGGAUUAUGAUGGCGAUGGUGAUAGCCAUGAUGAGAAUGAUGUUACUGAUGAUUUUCCUGAGCUGGAUGUAUCUGAAGCGGUUCAGUUUAAAGAGAAGAUUAAUGGAAUAUUGAAAUCUGUGGGAUAUGAAGGGAAGAGGCCUUCCAAGUUAUCCAAUGCAGAUUUUUUGCAUCUUCUUCAGCUUUUCAAUCAAGAGGGCAUUCUGUUUCGAUAGCUCCAAUUAAGACUUAAAUCUGUGUUUUGACUACAAGUUCAAUUUGGUGACUGUGUUUUCUUUUGUUUUCAAUCACUGCACUAAAGGAACUAAGGAAGUUUGGUAGUUCCAUCUUCAA